GCAUCGCUCUCUCUCCCGCCCGCUCCCGGCCACGCUGCAGCCGGCCAUGCUGCUCCUCACCUCGUCGCGCCUGCUGCCCAGCGCGCCGUGCGCGUGCCGCUCGGCCGUCGCCGUGCCGCCGAGCAGCCGGCGCACGCUCUUCUCCUGGUUCCGCAAGCCGGCCGCGGCGUCGCCCAAGCCCGCACCGCUCCUGGCGCAGGACGACCUCUUCCACCCGCUCUCCACGUCGCCCAUCCCCGCGCUGCGGCAGCGUGCCAGCCGCAUCAAGUCGCUCGCACCCUGCCCCUACUCGCUCACACAGGGCAAGCGCCGCCUCGUCGCCUACGACUGCCCCGUCGCCGGCUGGCCCACGCACGCCGGGCAUGCCGAGUGGGAGGCCGACACGGAAAAGGCAAAGUACUGGGGCCGCCUGCGCGAGAGCAACGAGGACGAGCACGACCUGCGCAGCGGGCGCGAGAUGAGCGAGUUCCGCCUGCCGGGCCCACAGGGCUUCGAGGAGUCGCUCAACUUUUCGUCGUGGGACGUGUACUUCUACACGCGCAACCACGCCUCGAUCGAGACGGAGCGCUCGCGGCGCCACGUCUCGCGCCUGCUCACUUUUCCCAUCACCGUCGCCGGCGUGCUGCACGAGAACUCGUUCCUGACACGCCGGAGCCAGCGCCUGACGCAUGAAGGCUUGCGAAGCAUGCUUGCAUUGCGGCAGACACUGCACCCGAGAAUAGGCGACAAGCCGUCGCUCGACGUGAUCCGCCUCUUCGUCGUCGGCGCACGGGCAGAGUCGACGCUGCCGCCGUCCGUGUGGGACCAGCUGCGCUACAACUUUCCCGGCGUCGCCUUUCACAUCUACAUGAUCGGGCCCGAGGUGACGCUGCCGACGGCUGCGCCCUCGUCGCUCGGCUCGCGCACGCGCAAGGCCAACUACGGCGUGCCGGCCGCCAGCAUUGUUGUCUCGGAGGGCGUGACGAUCACGACGAUCCAGGCGCCGUACGAGGCCGUGCAUGCGCAGAUGGAGCCGUUCGACCCCUACACCGACGUCUUCUUUGCCUUCUCGCCCGGGUUCGGCUUCCCCUCGCAGCUGGCGGCGCAGGAGGCUCAGCGCGCCCGCGCUGAGGACUCCGCCGACGCCAAGCGCAUGGCGGCGGCGCGCGAGACGUACAACGCACGCAGCGGCGAGGAGCCGGAGCCCAAGGCAGCGCAGGAGCCCUUCAUGGCUGCGCCCGGCACGCCGGCGCCCGCCGGCGGCGAGGUGCCGUCGGCCGAGCCGGCGCCCGCCAUCCCCUCCGACGCCGGCUUCACGAGCAUCGUCAGUGCGCCCGUCGUGCAGGCGCAGGCCGAGUGGGCCACGGCCAUUGGGCAGAUCCUGAGCACAAAGUGCCCCCUCGUCGUCACGGGCUUCAGCCCCGCCGACGUCGAGCGCGACGUGCUGGCGUUUGAGAGCCUCGAAGGUGUGAUGGGCGAGUUUGAGUGGCUGGUGACGCCCGGCGAGAACGUCUUUGCCAGCCAACAGUGGGCCGUCGCCGACUUCGACCCGCGAGUGGCCGUCAAGGCAAACUGGGGCUGCUGGGCGAUCCGAGGCAAGUCAUAUAACGUGCAAGUGGCGAAGCGGUGGUCGCCGUAUCCGCAGGGCGAGGAGGCCGGCUGAGCGGUGG